UAGCAGGGAGCUGCAGGAAUGAUGGCGUCCGCAGGAAUGGAUGCGACGUAAAUAAAUCACAACGCGCACGCUCCUGCCGGUGUUUGCUGGUGCACCACCUGCUGAGCAUCGUGGAGGGAGAGUCGAGACCCGAACCAACCCGAGGGAGCUGCCAUGGCGACCGGGAGUGGGAGCAGCGGCUUGGCGUCUAACCACGACGGGCAGGAGGGAGCCUCCAACUCGGGCAGCUCCAACCUGCCGGGUCCCGGUCCCGCUGCGCCCGGCUCCCCGCCGCCGGGGCUCGGCCUGCACCGGGAGCCCGUGUACAACUGGCAGGCCACCAAGAGCUCCCUGAAGGAACGCUUCGCCUUCCUGUUCAACAACGAGCUGCUCAGCGACGUCAGGUUCAUCGUGGGCAAGGGCAGGCAGGCCCAGAGGAUCCCGGCCCACAGGUUCGUGCUGGCCGCCGGCAGCGCCGUGUUCGAUGCCAUGUUCAACGGAGGCAUGGCCACCACCUCGGCGGAGAUCGAGCUGCCUGACGUGGAGCCGGCAGCCUUCCUCGCCCUGCUCAGGUUCCUGUAUUCUGACGAGGUCCACAUCGGCCCAGAGACGGUGAUGACGACUCUGUAUACGGCUAAGAAGUACGCGGUUCCAGCGCUGGAGGGUCACUGCGUGGAGUUCCUCACCAAGCACCUCAGAGCCGACAACGCGUUCAUGCUCCUCACUCAGGCAAGGUUAUUUGAUGAGCCCCAACUUGCCAGUCUCUGCCUGGACACCAUAGACAAAAGCACUGCAGAUGCAAUAAACGCUGAGGGCUUCACAGACAUUGACCUCGACACCUUAUGUGCGGUGCUAGAAAGAGACACUCUGAGCAUCAGGGAGAACCGUCUGUUUGGGGCGGUGGUACGCUGGGCCGAGGCUGAGUGCUACAGGCAGCAGCUUCCCCCGACCUCGGAGAACAAACAGAAGGUUCUGGGGAAAGCCCUCCCUCUCAUCCGCUUCCCGCUCAUGACUGUUGAGGAGUUUGCUGCAGGGCCUGCCCAGUCUGGAAUAUUGUUCGAUCGGGAGGUGGUAAAUCUGUUUUUACACUUUACAGUAAACCCCAAACCACGGGUCGACUACAUUGACCGGCCUCGCUGCUGCCUCAGGGGGGAGGAGUGCAGCAUUAAUAGAUUCCAGCAGGUCGAGAGUCGAUGGGGGUACAGCGGUACCAGCGACAGAAUCAGAUUCAACGUUAACAGAAGAAUAUCCAUAGUGGGUUUUGGCUUGUAUGGUUCAAUACAUGGACCCACUGACUACCAGGUCAACAUACAGAUCAUUGAGAGCGACAAACGCAUCACACUGGGCCAGAACGACACGGGCUUCAGCUGUGACGGCACAGCGAGCACAUUCCGAGUGAUGUUCAAAGAACCGGUGGAAAUCCUUCCCAAUGUCAGCUACACUGCAUGUGCCACCUUAAAGGGCUCAGACUCACAUUAUGGCACAAAGGGGUUGAAGAAGGUCACCCAGGAAUUAGCAACAGGGACAAAGACGACGUUUUUGUUUUUUAGCUCACCUGGAAAUAACAACGGUACGUCGGUGGAGGACGGGCAGAUACCAGAGAUCAUCUACUACACCUAGACUUAACACGUUGUCAUGCAGGUACACUGAACUCAGACUGCUGGAAAAACUUGGCUUGCUGGAUAUACAAACGUACGUAGUGCCUCACGAUCCCUUGGAAUAAAGAAUGUGUGUGUUUGAGUGCGUGUCGAUGCUGUACGUGUGUAUCUGUCUAUAGAAUAGACGUGUACAGACGCGAUCAGGAAUGUGGAGACGGUCACAGUUGUGGUGAAAAUCACAUCAUGGAAACACUAAAUGACCCGUGUCAUCCUUUUUUAUAUGCUCUAAAUAAUCUUGUCCAGUGUGAGUGUUACUAUCAGUCAGCUGACGAAUUAAACUACAGACAGCUUCCAUGUGUUGGUUGAUGCCAUUUCACUUUAUUUUGUCAGUUUUAUUCUGAUGCAUUUAUCGAAAGUGUAAAAUUAGCAAUUUUUUUAAUUGUGCACUCGUCAUUUAUUAAGCUGGGGUCCUCAAGUACUUUGUUUUUGCACUGUGUUCAGGAUCCAUGUGUGUUGUGUAACUUUGCCAGUGGUACAUGCUGUAAUUUCUGACUUCAUGUUCGCUUAGCACUAAAUUAAAAUGUACAAAAAUGUUUUUUUUGUCAAUAAAAUGUGGUCAGACCAAAGUA